AUGGAGUUUUGGAAUGCACCCUCUCGACGUAAAUGCGGACAAUGGAGCCUGGUGAUCAUUGUGGUGGCGAUAGGGCUCAGUUCAUUGCAAGCGGUUGAUGCAGGGCUAGGGGAGUGGAGGCUAGUGACAAAAAAUGCUGGUAUUUCAGCAAUGCACGCUGCAGUGGCACCUGUCUUGGGGACAGUGGUGCUUCUCCAUCAAACUAAAACGGGACCCUCCAACAUCACAUUCCCAGAUGGAAGGUGCAGAAACAUCACCUACGAUCUACUUUUAAAGACUGUUUGUUAUGUUCAUUCUGUCAUCCUCGAUCCCACGAGUGAGGUGGUGCGGCCAAUCAUGGUCAUGACAGACACGCAGGGUUCAUCUGGUCAAUUCCUAGGCGAGGGCUCUCUCAGUCAAACAGGAGGCGACCUUGAAGGGAAGAAAAGGACAAGCAACCUGUCCACAAAGUGCUACACAACGGUGGCGCAAAGAAGAUAUUGCGACUGGGUCGAGGGGGGUAAUGGCACAGAUCUAUUAGAGCAGCGGUGGUACUUCACCAACCAGCUUCUCCCUGAUGGUCGCCAGAUCAUUCUCCCAAGAGACACUGAUGACGGAAGAGGAUCCAGCCCUAACAAUCUAUACCCCUUUGUCCAUCUCCUGCCAACAGGGCAACUUUACAUCUUUGCCAACAGAGACUCUAUCCUCUACGACUACAACCAGAACGUGGUGGUGCGGAAAUUCGACAAGAUCCCUGACAAUCCGAGGAACUACCCUAGUGGGAGCUCGUCGGUAAUGUUGCCGCUGGUCUACAAUGACAACUUCAAGAAAGUUGAGAUUCUAGUUUGCGGGGGAGCCGCGACUGGCUCCGUAGGCAAGAACGAGGGGCAGAUGGAGUGCUCUACAAGCUGUAGAAAGCUUGACGUCUUGCGAAAGAAUUUCACUUGA